GCUUGCUUUCUCGGCUUUCUUUGCUGCUGCUGCUGCUGCUGCUGCUCUGUGAACAGCUGGUUUCCUGCUCCUGCCAAGCCUUCUCUGCCACGAUGAAAUACAGAUCUUCAAACUGUUUUAGGACAGCAACACCUGCUUGGUUUCUGGUCCCUUUUGCUUGAGAUACUUUUGUCCAUUUCCCUUUAAGGCAGUGUCUGUCCUUGAAGGAAACCAUCUGAGGAAGAAGCAGGAGCCUGACUGAACUAAAGGAAAUGGCAGCCCAGGGUGAAGCCUUUGAGGAGAAAAUUUGCGAGUUUGACGAUGACUUGGUCUCUGAGUUCUCUGCUCUUCUCAGAGUAGAUGCGCUUCAGAUCUUAAAGAGACAACAAGAAGAAGACCAUAAAACACGGAUGAAAAUGAAGAAAGGUUUUAACUCACAGAUGCGCAGUGAAGCCAAACGACUAAAGACUUUUGUGACCUAUGACACAUUCAGAACAUGGACGCCACAGGAGAUGGCAGCUGCUGGGUUUUACCACACAGGUGUGAAACAUGGGGUCCAGUGCUUCUGCUGUAGCUUAAUCCUCUUUUCCACCAGACUCAGGAAACUCCCCAUAGAGAGCCACAGGAAAUUACGACCAGAAUGUGAGUUCCUUCUGGGCAAAGAUGUUGGUAACAUUGGCAAGUAUGACAUCCGGGUGAAGAGUCCAGAGAAGAUGCUGAGAGGUGACAAAGCAAGGUACCAUGAGGAGGAGGCCAGACUGGAGUCCUUUGAGGACUGGCCAUUUUAUGCCCAUGGGACAUCACCACGUGUACUCUCAGCAGCUGGCUUUGUCUUUACAGGUAAAAGGGACACUGUGCAGUGUUUCUCCUGUGGUGGAUGCUUGGGAAACUGGGAAGAAGGAGACGACCCCUGGAAGGAGCAUGCCAAGUGGUUCCCCAGAUGUGAAUUUCUUAAAAGUAAGAAGUCCCCAGAGGAAAUUGCCCAAUAUGUAAAAAACUACGAGGGAUUUCUUCAUGUAACGGGAGAACAUUUUGUGAAUUCCUGGGUCAGAAGAGAGCUACCUAUGGUAUCAGCUUACGGCAAUGACAGCGUCUUCGCUAAUGAAGAACUAAGGAUGGACACGUUUAAGGACUGGCCCCACAACUCACCUAUGGCUGUUGAAGCUCUGGUCAAAGCAGGCCUUUUCUACACAGGCAAAAAGGACAUUGUCCGGUGUUUUUCCUGUGGAGGGUGUAUGGAGAAUUGGGCAGAAGGUGACGACCCAAUGGAAGAUCACACCAAGUUUUUCCCCAACUGUGUAUUUCUUCAAACCGUGAAGUCCUCUGCAAAAGUGAUUCCAGCCCUUCAAAGCCACUAUGCACUUCCAGAAGUCAUGGAAACCACAAGUAAAAGCAAUCACAAGGAUCCAGCUGCAGUCCAUCCUACUGUGGCAGAUGUUGCUCCAAGUGAAGCCCAGGAGCUUGAACCUGCAUCCAGCUUUGUGUCUGUUCGCUAUAGAGACCAGGAUCAGAAAGAAACCCAAGGAUGGGGAUGUGCAUCCAGGGGGGCCUCUCUUCCCUCCACAGACUUGGCUCAGAGUGAAGCCCAGUGGUUUCAAGAGGCCAGGAGUCUGAGUGAGCAGCUGAGAGACACCUACACCAAAGCCACUUUCCGCCACAUGAACUUGCCAGAAGUGUGCUCCAGCCUUGGCACCGACCACUUGCUUGGCUGCGAUGUGUCCAUCAUUUCAAAGCACAUCAGCCGGCCAGUGCAAGGGGCCCUGACAAUCCCCGAGGUCUUCUCCCAUCUCAGCUCUGUCAUGUGUGUGGAGGGGGAAACUGGCAGUGGAAAGACAACCUUCCUGAAGAGAAUAGCUUUUCUCUGGGCAUCAGGAUGCUGUCCCCUGUUGAACAGGUUCCAGCUGGUCUUCUACCUCUCCCUUAGUUCCAUCACCCCUGACCAGGGACUGGCUAACCUCAUCUGUGCCCAACUCCUAGAGGCAGGAGGAUGCAUUAGUGAAGUGUGCCUAAGCAGCAGCAUCCGGCAGUUACAACACCAGGUGCUGUUCCUGUUGGAUGACUACAGUGGGCUGGCCUCACUCCCCCAAGCCCUAAAUACACUGAUCACAAGAAACUACUUGUCACGGACCUGCUUAUUGAUCGCUGUGCAUACAAACAGGGUCAGGGACAUCCGCCCAUACCUAGAUACAAGUCUAGAGAUCAAAGAGUUUCCCUUCUAUAAUACUGUCUCUGUGUUACGGAAGUUUUUCUCGAAUGACCUAACGCGUGUGCGAAGAUUUAUAAAUUACUUUGGAUUUCAUGAAUAUUUACAGGGAAUUCACAAAACCCCCCUUUUUGUGGCAGCAGUCUGUACUGACUGGAUUCAAAAUCCAUCGGACCAACCCUUUCAGGAUGUGACACUUUUCAAGUCCUACAUGCAGUACCUGUCCUUAAAGCACAAAGCUACAGCUGAGCCUCUCCAGGCCACCAUGUCCUCAUGUGGGCAGCUGGCCUUGACAGGGUUUUUCUCAACAUGCUUUGAAUUCAGUAGUGAUGACCUGGCAGAGGCAGGAGUUGAUGAAGAGGAAGAGCUCACCACCUGCUUGAUGAGCAAAUUCACUGCCCAGAGACUGAGACCAGUCUACCGGUUUUUAAGUCCUCUGUUCCAGGAGUUUCUUGCUGCCAUGAGGCUGAUUGAACUGCUGGGUUCAGAUAGGCAGGAAGACCAAGAUCUGGGACUUUAUUAUCUGAGACAAAUUAAGUCACCUCUGAAGGCUGUGACCACCUACAACAAUUUUUUUAAAUAUGUCUGCAGCCAUCCUUCCUCAAAGGCAGGGCCAGCAGUUGUGUCUCAUUUGCUUCACCUGGUGGAUGAGAAAGAGUCACUGGAGAACAUGUCUGAAAAUGAGGAUUACAUGAAGCUCCAUCCGCAAGCCUUACUGUGGAUUCAGUGUCUUGGAAGGUUGUGGCAGAUGUCUCCUGAAUCUUUCUCUUUGCUCAUUUCAGAAAACUUAUUAAGCAUUGCUCUAAACUUUGCUUAUGGAAGCAACACAGUUGCUGCAUGUUCUCCAGUUAUCUUGCAAUUCCUUCAAGGGAGAACACUAAAUUUGAAUGUACUGAAUUUACAGUAUUUUGGGGACCAUCCAGAAACCCUGUUAUUACUGAAGAGUAUUAAGGUCUCAUUAAAUGGAAAGAACUGGGUGCAGAGAAUAGAUUUUUCACUCAUGGAAAAAUCUUUUGAAAAAGUACAGCCACCAACUAUAGAUCAGGAUUAUGCCUUUGCCUUUCAACCUUUGAAUGAAUUGCAGAAAAAUUUAGCUGAAAAUGAAGGCAUAAUAAAGAACUAUACGGAUAUGAAACACCAGACCCCAUUAAAUAUUAGUACUGGCUAUUGGAAACUGUCCCCCAAGGCAUACAAGAUCCCUAGACUGGAAGUUGGAGUGGCCGACCUGGGUCCAGCUGACCAAGCACAGCUCCAGGUCCUAAUGGAAGUCUUCUCAGCUUCACAGAGUAUUGAGUUCUGCUUAUUCAACAGCAGUGGCUUUCUUGAAAGCAUCCGCCCAGCUCUGGAACUGAGUAAGACCUCUGUCACCAAGUGCUCCAUGUCCCGUCUGGAGCUCAGCACAGCAGAACAGGAGCUGCUUCUCACCCUGCCUGCCCUGCAGACACUUGAGGUCUCAGGAACAAACCAGAUUCCAGAUCAGCUCUUCCGUAACUUGGACAAGUUCCUGGGCCUGAAAGAACUGUCUGUGAGACUAAAUGGCAAAUCAGAUGUGCUCUCAGUCCUUCCUGGAGAGUUCCCAAACCUCCAUCACAUGGAGAAAUUAUCCAUCGAAACUUCCACAGAGUCUGACCUCUCCAAACUAGUUAAAUUGAUUCAGAACUCUCCAAAUCUCCAUGUUUUCAAUCUGAAAUGUGAUUUCCUUUCAAAUUGUGAGUCUCUCAUGUCUGUGCUUGCUUCCUGCAAGAAACUCAGAGAGAUUGAGUUUACUGGACGAUGCUUUGAAGCCAUGCCCUUUGUCAACAUUUUGCCAAAUUUUGCUUCUCUGAAGAUAUUGAAUCUUAAAGGCCAACAAUUCCCAGAUAAGGAAACAUCAGAAAAGUUUGCCCAGGCUCUGGGUUCUCUCAGGAACCUGGAGGAACUGCACCUUCCCACCGGGGACGGGAUUCACCAAGUGGCCCAACUGCUCGUCCGACAAUGUCUGCAGCUUCCCUGCCUCCGAGUUCUUGCCUUUGCAGAGACUUUGGAUGAUGCCAGUGUGCUGGAAAUUGGUUCAGGUUCGCCCUGGUCAGACUGGGAGAGUCGGCAGCCUCUUCUGGGCGCUAUAGAAGCAUCCGCCAAGGGAGCAACCAGUGGAAGCUUCCAAAAACUUGAGAACUUAGACCUUAGACUCAAUCACAAGAUUACAGAGGAAGGCUACAGAAAUUUCUUUCAAGUCCUGGACAACCUGCCUAACCUGAAAAACCUGGACAUUUCUAGGCAUAUCCCAGAAUGCAUUCAAGUCCAGGCCACCACUGUCAAGGCUCUGGGUCAGUGCAUGUCCCGACUGCCCUGCCUCACCAGGCUCGGGAUGCUCAGUUGGCUGCUGGAUGAAGAGGACAUGAAAGUAAUUAAUGACGUGAAGGAAAGACACCCUCAGUCCAAACACUUGAUUGUUCACUGGAGGUGGGUAGUGCCGUUCUCUCCUGUCAUUCAGAACUAAAGGAUGCAGUGAAAGAAUACGGGCAGGUCUAAAAACCUGAUUUUCUAAUACAUUUCACUGUAGGCAGGCAUGGUGCUGUCUUAUUACUGAGAAGACUGAGCAGGAGGAUCAAGAGUUUGAGUCUAGCCUGGAUUAUGUAGCAAGACUUUAGACCCAAAUCAUUUACUAUUGCAUACAUAAAAACAUUCUUGAACUAUAUCAGACUGGUAACUAUUUGAAAGCCUGCAUGCCUAUAUUGAGCUCUGAGGAGCUGUGACUUGGCAGUCUUUGUAUAAAGAUUUAGAGCUUCCUUCAAGUUCAUACAGAGAACCCUCCAUUAUCAAGGUCAACAGAAAGGGGCUGGGGAAAGGAACAUUGAUCUAUGUAAAAACUACAUUGUGGAAGGAAUAAUUCAUAUAAGGAAGAAAUGGCCAGUUUAAGGACUGAAUCAGUGUCACACAUGAUGAGCAGGAGCUGACUUUACUAUGGAUGCAGCCGACUCUCUGGGAGACACUCCUUAGUUUUUGCAGGUCUUUUGUACGUUCCCCAGUCUUCUGUAGCCUUGCUUAUUUAUACCGUCUCUCAUCUAUUUGAAGAAACGGGCUUAGAGAAAACUGCUUUUGUUCCAGUGGCUUUGGGGAGUUACAUAUAUUAGAAUAACUUUGUAAUUUAGUUGGAAAUCCACUCUGUUCAGGGAAUGUGAUUUAAUCUUGUAAGGAUUUCUGGGUAUAUUAAUUUGAUUGUGAUAAUUAUUUGUCAUUUCAUAACUGUCACCUCUCUAGAGGCAAUGAAACCUGGGAGAAUAGAGCCGAUAAAUGAAGUGGACUAAAAUCUCAUGCAAUAGUCAACUCUCUUCAGAGCAUCAGACAGUUUAUACUCUGAGAAUUAAGAAAAACUACCUGAGAAAAGGUCUGAUGAGUUCAGGCUAUAUGCAGUCCUGAAGAGAAGCUGCACGUGGCAGAACAUGUGUCUCUACAGAGCAGUGAUUCUCAUCCUGUAGGUCUUGACCCCUUGAGGGUCAGAUGACCCUUUCGCAGGGGUCACUUAAGACCAUCAGAAAACAUAAGUGUUUAUGAAUCAUAACAAUAGCAAAAUUACAGUUAUGAAGUAGCAACAAAAUAAUUUUAUGGCUGGGGGAGUGUGGGACCGUGUAAGGCAGUCUGUGGCCUAGUUGGGCAAGGCUUACUCCAGAGACCCAGUAGAACAUUCUACAAGGGAUAGAACCAGUGAGCCAUGCUUCGAGACUCCUGACUCCUCAACUCCAUAAUCCUGUGGCCAUCAGUCAUGUAAGGCCACGCCCCUAUUGUUCUGGUUGUACUCCAACCCUAAAGUCGCCUGUCUACAGCUCACUAUAAAAGGAGGUUUCUUGCCUUUCUCUCUCUCUCUCUCUCUCUCUCUCUCUCUCUCUCUCUCUCUCUCUCUCUCUCUCUCUCUCUCUCUCUCUCUCUCUCUCUCUCUCUCUCUCUCUCUCUCUCUCUCUCUCUCUCUCUCGUCCUUGUUCUUGUCUCCCUGUUCUCUCUCUCUCCCCAUUCUUUCAACUCUUUCCACGUGGUCAUGGCCAGCUCUUAUCCCUCUUUCUUUUCUUUCUCUCUUUACUUUUAUCUCUCCUUUUCUCUUCCCACUUUUCUAUAAUAAAGCACUGAAACUAUGAACUGUCUCUUCUUAUCAAAACCCGCCACAUAGGAGCAUGGAGCAGGCCUCAGUGUUUCCAGCCACAGGAAAGGACCCAACCUCUUCUCAGCCAAGCUUCCUCUACAGGUACCUGGGGCUGUGCAAAUGGCCCUGCCUCCUGGGCAAAGACCUCCCCGCUAGCCAGGCAACCUCUCAAUCUACAGGUACUUGGGCACCCGCUAUCCCUACCCCUGUGUAGUGUGCAGGCCCAGCCAGUUUUUCCCUAUGUGAGCUCUGCCUGCCAGUUUUUCUGGGCCACACGAACAGUGACCCACCCCACCCUCCCCCAUCAUUCUUUUCCUACCGGGGAGGGCCCCACAACACAAGGAACUGUGUUUGUGGUGGUUUUGAGAGGCCAAACCUUUUAAGUUCAGACUCCAUUUUAGAGAACCUGACCAAAGUUUGAACUCAAGGAAACUAACAGGCCCAGUACCUAGCAUUAGUUUCCAAGUUACCCCCCCCCCAACAAAACCCGAACCUAGCUCCAGUCUCUAGGCUAAUCCCCAACAAGACCUGCAUCUCCAGGUUACACCCCUAACAAGACCUGCAUCUCCAGCUUAUUACCCCAACAGACCUGCACCUCCAGGUUAUUACCCCAACAGACCUGCACCUCCAGGUUACAAGGCCACCCCCUGCCUAAGGACCACUACUGCAAAGGGAAGCAGAAAUUAAGUUCAUGAUAUGACUCCCAGCACCAGCCAAUUAUGUUAAAUGCCAUAGUAACUUCCCAAUUAGAUGCUUGCACAUUCACACACACACCCAACUCGCUGCUUUCUAUAAAGCCUUGCCUGAUAUUCGGGCCUUCUCAUCACCAAAACCAUCCUGUAUAUGAACUAAGGGGCCUGAUCUAGCUUGAGUAGAAUAAAGACCCUGCUGUGAGUUGCAUCAGAUCAGCUCUUUUAUGUUUGGGGGGGGAUCACUAACAUUUCCCUGGCACUACAGUUUAAAUACACUUGGCCCAGGGAGUGGCACUAUUAGGAGGUAUGGCCUUGUUGGAGGAAGUAUGUUGCUGUGGGAGUGGGCCUUGAGACAUUCUUCCUAGCUUCCUGGAAGUCAGUCAACUCCUAGCUGCCUUCAGAACAGGAUGUAGAACUCAGCUCCUCCAACACCAUGCCUGCCUGGAUGCUGCCAUGCUUCCCACCAUAACAUACUGGACUGAACCUCUGAACCUGCAAGCCAACCCUAAUUAAAUGUUGUUCUUAUAAGA